CCAAUAUGCUUUAGACAAUUUCAAGAAAACUCUACAGCAGAGUCUUUGCCGCUACCUUAGAUGGUGGCUCCUCCCUCUGGCUCUAUCCUCCAAUUGCGAUGUGCAUCGCCUUCCUGUUUCCUUUGAGCUGGUUCCACCCCCAACCAAUCCCUCUCUUAACCAAUCGCUGAUCAAAGUAGGAAGGGCUUUGGGAGACUUUAUAAAAGACCUGAAAACCAGAUAGUGGUUUUGAGGUUUCAAGAACUGACCUAGAGCUACUUGACAUACUGAGGAGACGGGCGAUUUUAAGAACCCAGAUGAAUGGCCGCAUAAUCUGGCACCUUCUUGAGUUCAGAAAAAGCACCUUCUCGCUUUUUGGAGUCAUUUUUUUUGCUUUCCUUUAAAAAUUGUCCAAGGCAAAGAACUGGGGCGCAAGCGAAGAAGCGAAAUAGGAUAGAAGCACGGGAUUGACAAGGACGGCCGAGCGUCAUGCGAGAGGAACAGUCUUGUGGCGACUUUCCCGAGGGUGGGGUCCUACCCAGUGAAGAGGAGCAAGAACGUCGGCCUAACAAGUGCCCUGUCGUUGUUGCACCACCAACAGGUGCUCGAAAGCGGCUGACAGGUCCCAAGAAAGAGCCUGGUGGACCCCUAACAGAGGACGACAAGAAGUCACUGGAGGGCCCAUCUACGCUCGCUCCCUCUUGUCCCAAGCGGCCCAAGAGAAGUUCUCCUCCUUCCUCAUCGACCUCUGCGGCCUCCCUAGUGCCCACCGUGAGCUCAGUGUCACCUGUGCCCGGGCAACCAUUCGAGGACCUCCAUACGCAACGAGUAAUCGCUAACGUCCGGGAAAGGCAGCGUACGCAGUCCCUAAAUGACGCUUUCGCCUCGCUGCGGAAGAUCAUCCCCACGUUGCCUUCAGACAAACUAAGCAAGAUUCAGAUCCUCAAACUGGCUUCGAGAUACAUCGACUUUCUCUACCAGGUUCUCCAGAGCGAUGAGAUGGAUGCCAAGCUGGCCAGCUGUAACUACCUGGCCCACGAAAGGCUGAGCUAUGCCUUCUCUGUGUGGAGGAUGGAGGGCGCUUGGUCCAUGUCCGCCACUCACUAGACGUUCAGCCGUUCCUGAUCCUACCUGCCGACCCUACAGCCCUAUACGACCCUCCAGAUCCAACCAGCCUCUGAACUCUGAACCUGCAUUCUGCCCCAGAGAAAGUGACUCUGACUUUUAAAUCUAUCGCUG